AUGAGUCGACCGCAAAGAGAGGAGACUAAGGCUCUCUGUUAUGAAAAAAUGCUGCUGAGGUCGGAACGAGCUACGUCGGGUCACAGCUGCCUGACAGCAUGGCAGCUUCAUCUCUGCUCUCCUGUUCCUGCCAUGAGAGGAAGUCAAGAGUUGCGUAAAUUCCUGAAGCUGCCAGUAGAAGAAAAGACAGCCCACGCUUCAAGAGUGAUGGCCAUGCUGGAGAAGGAGCUGGUGGGAGGACCCGUGGAGGGGGAGGAGAGGGAGGAGGGAAAUGACAAGAAGAUUUCAAAGCAAAUCAAGAGUAAAACAGCUCUCCCUGCUAUAACACCAGACACAUAUGAGCUGAAAUUUCCUAUGAUGAAAAGAGGAAAAAUCACAAAGAAAAGCAAACAUGACUUAAUCGUCAUGGAACGACAAAAAGCAGUCUUGGAGCUGUCUCUGAUGACGAAGAGGUCUGACAUCAUGAAAAUGGACAAGGCCCUCGCAAAAGAGGAGAGGAUGCUGAAAGUGCUAGAAAGGACCAUUGAGAGUGAAAACCAGAAGUUUGAAGAGUUUCUCAAAGAGAAUGAGAGGAAGUCUGUGGAAGCCAGAACACUUUCUGAGCGAGAAGAAAAGUCCAAACGGGAGAAGAACCUCCAGAUGAAGAAGCUAGCUGCUGAAAUAGGCUCCAUAAAGAGUGAAAUUGCCAAUUUUGAAGAAAUCCUGAUAGACUAUAAGAGAUACCAAGAGUUCCUCUUCAAGAUUUCUCCUCCAGAGUGGCAGGAGGAGCAGAGAGCCAAGGCAUGGAAGGUUAAAGACCAGAUCCAGGAGCUUCACGAGGCGGAUACCAGGAACAGUUUGGAAGGAAAGGCGUCCAGCUCAGAGAGACAUUCCCCCUCCGGCAGAGAGACCAGAGAGAAGAAUCCCACACUGGAUUUUGACACCUCAGAGGAUGAAGCAGAACUUUACUUCACUGAUCCACAGCAGCUGCUGGAUCUGAUCACAGAGCUGACGGAUCAAAGCUUGUUUCUCAUUCAGAACACGGCGCGGGUGGAGGAUGUGCUGAAGCAGCUGCAGCAGUCCAUCGAGACGACCAGGAGGGAGAUUGACAGAGAGGAGGAGCAGAUCACACUGAAGAUCAAUGAGGCGAAGAAAAGACUCGACAAGGAGAAAGAGAAGAGCUCAGAGCUGAAGCAGCAGGUUCAGCUCGUCCAAUCACUGAGCUCAAAAGAUGAAGAUGCAAUGCUGGAAGCUCUCAGUGAGAAAGUGGCAGAAGUGCAUCGCAGCUGUGUCGACGACAGGGUGACCAACCUCAGCACCCUGGAGAGGGUGGUCGGCAUCGAGAACCGCGUGUUGUCCCUGCUGCAGAGUCUGGAGGACGUCCCUCAAGACAGACUGGACAUGAUCAAGAAGGUCAAGGACAGUGAGAAGAGGAGCAGACAACGUGAAGAAAAGCUGAGAGAGCAGAAAGAGAAACAACAAGAAAGAAUGAAGAAGUACCUGGAGAGAUCCCUGGCUGACUCAAAGAAAAUAAGUGGGAGAAAGCUCAUGCCCAGAUGUUUCCCUGUAGCUCAGAAAGUCAAAGUAACCACUGAGGACAACAUAGCUGCUGAGGAGGACAUCCAGGAAUAUCUCUUUGGCUCUGAAGACACGUCAUGAAAAAACAAAGGAAAUAAUUGUUUUCAUGUUUCAAAAUAAAAGUUGCCGUGUUGCAAAAGCUGUUUUUGUUUCUGGAAAACGUACAUAAAUAACUCCAUCCAUCUGCCAUCG